AUGCAUGGUAUCUCUCUCGUCAUUGCACGCUUGUUGGUGAAUGGACCUCGUUACCCUUGCAACGAACUUUGCCCUCAAUCAGUUGACCGACCGAUCGAGAGAGUGGACAGAAAAUGCCAAGCUCCUACCGUACUCCCAACUGAGUUGGCAGCGAUCCGUCCAAUAAAGAGAGCAACGAAAAACCAUGGCAAUACAGUACAUACUACCACGAUUGAAUCAAACUAUGCAUAUGUCAUAUCAAAGGUAGCCAACAGCAUUGCCUUGCCCUGGCUCGUACGGUGCGGUGUAGCCACCGUAACGGAUUUUGUCUGGCAGCAUUGGAUGUUUUCCAACUCGACACGUCAUGCAUUAAAAUAA